AUGGGGUCCAGUAAUGCUGAAAAAGACAAACACGACAGGGCUGGUCCCCAGGCCACCCAGGCGGCCUCCUCUGACCAUCCAACUCAGGCCCAGGCGGAAGAUAUAUCCACUGAGCUCACCAAGGAGGAAGAAAAAAAGGACCUCCACCGCGGUGGCAAGCGGGAGUUGCUUGAAGAUGACUGUUAUGACAAGCUAGGCUUCUGCUUCCCCUGGUGGAAGAAAUGGAUGAUCUUGUCUGUUAUCUUCCUUGUGCAGAUGUCGAUGAACUUCAACACCGGUGUAUAUGCCAAUGCCGUUCCAGGCCUUGUCGAAGAGUUUGGCAUCAGCGAACAGGCUGCUCGUGUUGGCCAGGCCGUCUUCCUUGUUGCGUACGCCUUUGGCUGUGAGCUCUGGGCUCCCUGGAGUGAGGAAUUCGGUCGAUGGCCUAUCAUGCAGCUUUCUCUGUUCCUGGUCAAUAUCUGGCAGAUUCCGUGCGCCGUGGCUCCUAAUUAUGGCACUAUCGUAGUGUGCCGAGUCCUCGGGGGUGUCAGUUCAGCUGGAGGUUCAGUGACACUUGGAAUGACUGCCGAUCUGUGGGAAGCAGAAGACCAGGGGUUUGCUGUUGCAUUUGUUGUUCUAUCCUCCGUGGGAGGCUCCACGGUUGGGCCCUUUUUUGGCGGCAUUAUCGGUCAAUAUCUGUCCUGGCCCUGGGUGUUUUGGAUCCAGUUGAUUGUGGGUGGUGUCACUCAGGCCCUGCAUUUCUUCAUGGUGCCCGAGACCAGGGCCACAAUAUUGAUAGACCGCGAGGCCAAAUGUCGGAGGAAGAAUGGCGACGAUGUCUGGGGGCCGAAUGAACUGCAGGACGUUCGGAUGGAUGCAAAGGAGGUCUUGCGCGUGUGGCGACGACCCUUCGAGAUGUUUAUUCGCGAGCCCAUUGUUUUAUUUCUUUCUCUUCUCUCUGGGUUUUCUGAUGCCCUGAUCUUCGUCUUCACCAAUUCAUUCACCCUUGUCUUCGAGCAAUGGAACUUUACUGUCCUGGCCAUUGGCAUGACAUUCGGCUCUAUCCUGAUCGGCUACUUAAUCGCAUACGCCAUAUUCCUGCCUGAUAUCUGGCGCCAAAUGAGCCUUCGACACAAGCACGGCAACGCAGUCCGUCUCCCUGAACGCCGUCUCCUGUUGCUACUCUUCAUCUGCCCCCUCGAGCCAAUUGGCUUGCUGGGCUUCGCCUGGACAACCAUGGGCCCGGCCUAUACACCCUGGAUCGCACCAUGCAUUUUCGCCUGCCUCAUAGCCAUGGCAAACUACGGCAUCUACAUGGCAACAAUCGACUACAUGGUCGCCGCAUACGGGCCAUACUCUGCAUCCGCCACAGGCGGCAACGGGUUCGCGCGAGACUUUCUGGCCGGUAUCGCCACCAUGUACUCCACCCCGAUGUACCAGAAUAUCGGCGGGAGACUGCACCUGCAGUGGGCGAGCACGUUACUAGGAUGCAUAGCGGUGCUCGUGAUGAUUCCGGUUUAUAUCUUCUACUGGAAGGGUCCGGCGAUUCGCAAGCGCAGUAAAUUCGCCCAGACUCUGGAGGCGGAUCGACAACGACAUGAUGAGCGGCGGAGAAGCUCUGGGGUGGGUUAUGGGAGUGGGAGUCGUCGUCCUAGUCGGAUCCCCAGUGAGCAGAUCCCUUACUAUAGUUGA